AUGGCCUCUGAAAGGAUGAGAAUUAACAACAUUGCCUCCCUGACCAAUGACAAUGGCAUCAUCGUGGAGGAUCAUGCUGGAAAAGAGGCACUCAUCUUUAAUACCUUCAAGCAAAGAUUGGGCUCGGCAUCACAUCAUGAGAUGAAAUUCAAUCUGGACAGAAUUAUUAAAAAAGUUGAUGGGUUAGAGGAGCUCACUGUUCCAUUCACCACGGAUGAGAUCGAUAAUGUCAUUAAGCUCAUGCUUGCUGACCGUGCACCUGGCCCGGAUGGCUUUAAUGGUGUGUUUCUAAAAUCUUGUUGGCACAUUAUCAAACAUGACUUCUAUAAGCUCUGCUUCCAAUUUUUUGAUGGUAAUCUUAAUCUUGAAUGCAUUAAUGAGGGUUUCAUCACGUUAAUACCCAAAAAUAAUGCCCCAUCAUCAAUCAAUGAUUAUAGACCAAUCACUUUGCUAAACUGCUGUCUCAAAGUCAUAACAAAGCUUCUAGCCAACCGACUGGAAAGAGUGAUCCUACGCAUCAUUCAUCGAAACCAAUAUGGAUUCCUCAAAGGCCGCACCAUACAAGAUUGCCUUGCUUGGGCAUUUGAAUACAUUUACCAAUGCCAGGCCUCUAAGAAAGAUAUUGUGUUACUAAAGCUUGAUUUUGCCAAGGCAUUCGACACUAUUGAUCAUACAGCCAUGCUUACAAUAAUGCAGAAUAUGGGCUUUAAUGACAAGUGGCUGGGCUGGGUACAAUGCAUCUUUGGCUCUAUCGGUCUCAAAAUAAACUUCCACAAGUCUACUUUGAUCCCCAUAAACUGUCAUGAAGACACGUACAACUACAUUGCAAUCACCUUUGGGUGUGUGGUGGGUAAGAUGCCCUUCACAUACCUUGGUUUGCCUAUGGGGACGACCAGGCCAUCUGUGCUAGAUCUGUUCCCUCUUGUUUGUCGGGUGGAACGAAGGCUCUCUGCUACACUCAACAUGAUCUCCUAUGGGGGGGAACUAUCACUCCUCAACUCGGUCAUAACCUCCCUAAUCAUCUUUGCUCUUUGUACUCUCAAGCUGCCAGUGAGCAUUAUUGAACUUUUGGACAAAAUCAGACGCAAAUGCUUAUGGACCAAAAAAACGGAGAAUGGGGAUUCUUGCAACUCUCUUAUCCCCCAUGCAGCUGAUCCCUGCGGGUCCUUUUGGUGGCGAGAUGUGAUGAGACUAAUGCCAAUUUACCGAGGGAUUACAAAAGCCCAAGUUCACACGGGGAAUGACAUUCUCUUCUGGAAGGAUCAUUGGAUGGAUGGUAUUCUGGCAGAAACACACCCGCGGGCUUUUUCGUUCGCCACCCAGGAGGAUAUUUCGGUUAGAGAUUUUUUGGGGGCCACGACUUUGCGCAAAACGUUCCAUCUACCGCUUUCGAUACAGGCGCAUAUAGAGACUAGAGAUCUUCAACGUCUUGUACGUGACAUUCAACUGUACGAUAGCCUCUCGAGGAAUGAUAGCUGGAACUGCACUUGGAUGACUCAGAAGUACUCGGCCAGCAAAUACUACAACUUUUACUUCAGGGAGGUUCAGGCCCAUCAAACUUAUGCCUGGCUUUGGAAGUCCAAGGUUACAAUGAAAAUAAAGGUUUUUGGGUGGCUGCUUCUUUCUGAUAGACUUAACACCAGAAACAUGCUGAAGCGAAGACAUUACAACAUUGGCAAUGACUAUACUUAUCCCCUCUGCGAGUCAAACGUGGAAGAAACACUUGAACAUCUUUUCUUUGGUUGUGCUUUCAGCAAGGAUUGCUGGUCUGAUAUUGCCAUUUGCUGGAGUUCUCAGGGCUCACGAUUGGAUUGGAUAAGCAGAGCUAAAACUGUAUGGAACAAGCCAAUGUUCAUGGCAAUAUUUUUACAAGCUGCUUGGAGCAUCUGGAAGGAACGAAAUAAUAAAGUCUUCAGAAGAAUAGCACCCACAAAAACAGCCUGGAUCUCAAGAUUAAAGGAAGACCUAUCUCUCCUAACUCAUAGGGUUGGAGAUAAACAUAUCUCCUUUCUAACCUCCUUUGUAGCUACCCUUUGACUUGUUACUUUCCCACCCCAACCAUCCCCAAAGGGGAUGGCAUGUACAGAUCCAUGUGUAAAUCCCCCCAUUU